GUCACGUGGUCUUUUUGCGGCCAUAUUUUCUUCCUCGUCGGUCGCGAGCAACAAAACUGGACCAAAUUGUAACGUCAUACAAGAGUAAUCCUCAUCAACAAUGUCACAAAAAGGGAACAGAAAUGAAGCAGGGAAGCUGUUCAUCGGAGGACUCAGUUGGGACACAGAUCAAGACACCCUGCUGACACACUUCAGCCAAUAUGGUGAAGUGAUAGACUGUGUGGUGAUGAAAAAUCAGACCACUGGCAAGUCCAGGGGUUUUGGCUUUGUCACCUUCAAAGACCCUGUGUGUGUCGAGACGGUUUUGUCGGUAGAGUAUCACCAGAUUGAUGGAAGACGGGUGGAUGCUAAAGCCUGCAAUCCAAAGGGAACAAAUAAACCAGGUGGAGGUCCACGAGAGGAUGGAGGAGGAGGUGGUGGUGGUGGUGGUGGUGGUCGUGGUGGUGGUGGAGGCCCACGAGGAGGUGGAGGACCAGACCCAGAUAAAAACAGGAAAAUAUUCAUGGGAGGACUGCCAAAUGUGGAUGAAAACUUUUUGAAAGAAUUCUUCGGCAAAUAUGGAAAAGUGCAAGAUGUUACCAUAAUGUAUGAUCAAGUUCAACAGAAAUCACGAGGAUUUGGGUUUUUGACAUUCGAGAGCGAAGACAGUGUAGUAGGCGUGUGUGGAGAACAGUUUGUCAACAUCAGUGGCAAGAAGGUUGAGGUUAAAAGAGCCCAGCCCAGAGAUGGGAGGGGUGGAGGUCAGGGAGGAGGUGAUAGGGGUAUGGGUGGUGGCCAUAUGCAUCGAGGACCAAUGAUGGGACAGGGCAUGAACUCUCCACCAGAAGGGGACUGGGGUCCUGCAGGGGGCAACUGGAACCCCAAUGGUGGUGGACCUAGACCAGGACCCGGUGGACCAGGUGGGCCGGGAGGACCAGGCGGAUUCCCAGACCAUUUCCAACAAGGAGGAUACCAGCAAGGAUUUCCACCUCAACCCCCACAGCAGCAGUCACCACCGCAGGGAUUCAACCAGAACUACCCACCCAACUCUUACCAACAGCCACAACCACCACAAGGACAGCCCCAGCCACCCCAGCAACCAGGCUUCCAGCAGGGAGGCUGGGGACAACAACCAGGGGCAUCACCAGGGCAACAGGGUGCCUGGCCCCCACCAGCACCGACCCAGCCCAGCUCACCUCAGGGUCCUCCUCCCCCUCCCACGCAGGUCCCUGCCCAGGCCCCUCUGCCCAACCCUGUUGCAUAUGGAGGACAACCCCAGCAAGCUUACGGACAGCAGGCAGCAGCUAACAGCUAUGGUGGACAAUGGGGAUCAAUGCCCCCGGCCACCCAAGCCCAGACUCCAGCUGUGCCACAGCCCCCCUCACAGGCCGGCUAUGGAACCUACGGACAACCUCCUGCUGCUCCAGGCGCACAGCCUUACGAUCCUAGUCAGCCUGGACAGCCCACACCUAAUGCUACCCCAGCCUAUGCUGGUUACAGUCCCUACGGAACCCCUCAGGCCCCAGCAGGUGUACCAGACCCUUACGCACAGCCAGCCCCAGCUGGAGUUCCUGCACAACCAGGAGCAGCUCCAGGAGGUUAUGGUGAUGCUGCUGGAGGAUUUGGAGGUGUGGCACAGCCUGCUGGGAGUUACCAGGGACAAGGCGAUGCACAACCUGCCUAUGGCUCCCCACCAGCUGCUGGGGGCUACCAGAGAGCAGGAGCCGCCGGGGCUCAAGGCUACCAUCCCUACCGUCGUUGAUGUCACCACCAAGCCUUACUGUUACCAAAUGAAUCGGAGACAAUCUCACAUCACAUGUACAUUAUUCAUCAAAGCUGUGUAGAAAUUUCUACAAAAUGAAUUGAAAAGGGUUCAUCUCCUCAUCAAUGCAAGUUACUAGCUGAGUAUUCCAUCUUGGCUUAAUCAAAAUAUCAGGACCUUUGCCGUGUAGUGGUUUAGGAUUGGAACAGGAGUAUGUAGGGAACUGUGCAUUCCAGCUUUUUUCACAUAUUUUUUUGUCUCUUAUUUUGUUGUCAAAAUAAAUACUGGUAUUAAAACUAAGCUAAAGUGUUUUACUGGUGUAUAUUUUGUCAAUAUAUUUCACAAUCUUGUGCAUUUAGUUUGAAAUAUUUGCUGACAACAUUAGACAGAGAUAUAUUGUGCAAUGUUUUAAUUUGUAGAGACAUUGAUGCACUUGACUACCUGUGAUUAAUUUCAGUGUUGUAUUUUGAUGAUUCUUAGUUUUUAUCAUGUUUUCUUUCAGUUUCUUUUGAUUAUGAAUACAUUGUAUAAAGAUGUCCCGGUGUAGAUUAUUACAUUGAGAAGUCAGAACAGCAAAUUUUCUCAGAUCUGGUCUGAUGGGACACACUCCGGUUACAAAUAUUAUUCAGUACAUUCAGAAUAGAAUACAUUUUUAUUUAAAUACUAUUGCAGAGAUAUUACUUUCAUAACAAAGAGCAUAUAUCUAUUUAAAGAUUUGUUCUGAUUUUCCGUGUAGUUUGGUAGAAUUGAUGGUAUUUAACUUAUGGCUAUUCAAAUGUAAAAGAUGUUUAUUCACGAAAGGUUAUUCAAAUAUGAAAGAUGCCUAUUCACAGAAGGCAAAAAGCUAUUAGCCUUCGUGACAGGGUUUCAUGACGUUUUUAACAAACAUUGUUUUGUACGGCAGCUGAUCUCCAUGCAUUAUUUCAUCUUUUAGGGAAAAACAUCGUCACUCUCGUUCCUUGUCAAAUAUUCCCUGUGGUGUUUUGUACACUUGAAGACAUGAGAAUGAAGUCUGUUAAGAAAUCAUGUACAGGACAUCAUUUAAUGUUGUUUUAGUUGCUAAUCAGUCAUGUAGUCAGUUAAUUUGAAAAGCUCUUUUCAAAUCAGCAGACAUGUAAUAAUGUGAAGGAUUACUAGUAUUGUACCAAUCCGGUAUGGACUUUUUCUUGCAGUAUUGAAAUUCCUUUUUGAGAGUGUAUGUCGUUAGUGGUAAUGAAAGGUAACACUGUGUGUUGUAGCAAGGUGUCUUAUAGUGGAAUGUGUGUGGUUACAACAUCACUAAUGACACAAGUUCACAGAAAAAAAAGUAAAUAAUAAAAAUUGAGAUAAUA